AUGACCGAGACGUCGCCCCCUCGCCCUCUAUUUGUAUACGGCACUCUUCGAGCCCUGCCCCUACUAGCCUGGGCCUUAACCGGAGAUGCUACCAACACCACAGACAUCGCGGCGAUCGCCCGUCCGGCUACAGUGCACGGGUACGCACGAUAUGCUGUCCUGUACCGGGAUUACCCUGCUGCAGUGAAGAAGGAAGAGCCCGGGCACGAGAUUGACGGCUUUCUUCUUGUUCUCGAGACCAAGUCCCAGCGGAAGAAGCUGGAUGACUUCGAGGGGGAGGCAUAUACACCUACGCCAGUCCUAGCCACCCUCCAAGACGGAAGUACUGUUGAUGCAGAUAUGUACGUUUGGGAAAGUGACCUUGAAGCUCUCUCGACGGAACCAUGGAAGUUGGAGGAUUUCGUCAAGGAUAGACUGGAAGAUUGGAUCGACCUGUUUGAGGGCAUGGAAUUGGUCGGGGACGACUCAGAAUGA